AUGUCAUUGACAAACCAUGAUGAUGAUCCGAACAACAACGAAUCCACACCCUUCCUCUCUCGCAACCACCAUCCAUCAGCAGCGACACAUCCUCCAACGAACCGUUCAGACCUGAAUGGUUCAACUUCUCCUUCCGAAACUCAUGAUAUUUUCGUAAAUGCUUUAUAUUCAAGAUUAGGUCCAUGUCUUGAAAAUAAUUAUAAUGCCACCCCGUUCAAUUCACAUAUUGUGUCACAUGGAUGGGUCAACAAGACAAUGACGAGCUCAUCCUCACAACAUAUCGGAAUUUCUAUGGAAACUAUCAAAAAGACAUGUCUACAAGUGAUUGAACAGCAACGAACCAAUCUCAAUCAAUUUAAUAGCACUAAUGGAUUAAUGACCAUUAAGGCCACUUAUCAAUUGCAAAAUGUGCAUAUUCACGUCUUGGAACAUCAUUACAAUAAUCGAUUUUUCUUUUAUCUCUGCAUUGCUCAUUCCAAUGUACCUGUGAGAGUUUGUUUUGGAUUAUUGGAACGAUGCAAGAAUGAAAUGAGUCCCUCCUCUUAA